AUGAGAGCUGGAGGAGAAAUGGCCUCUCAGGAGACUUUCAACGACUUGGAGUGUAAUUCAUCCGAAGAGGAGAAGACGUCUCCAGCCGUGCGUCGGCACCAUCCCUUCAGCGUGGAGGCGCUGAUGUCCGGGAGGACGACACACGGCUCGGUGCCGGUGUCCCCCGCUGAGGUGCACUCUCUGUACCGGUGCCGGGAGCCGUGCAGUCCUCCCGAGGGAAACCGGGAGAGCUUCACCUCGUCCCCGGUGAAGUCCGAGGCGUCGGAGUCCGAGGACUGCGCGCCCUGGAUCACCAGCAGCGCGUUUCCCACACAGCCGCGUCACAUCAGUGCUUCCUGCCAGUUGAGGAAACACAAGAACAACCGAAAGCCUCGCACGCCGUUCACCACAUCGCAGCUCCUGGCCCUGGAGAGGAAGUUCCGGCAGAAGCAGUACCUGUCUAUCGCCGAGCGCGCCGAGUUCUCCUCCUCUUUGACCCUGACAGAGACCCAGGUGAAGAUCUGGUUCCAGAACCGCCGCGCCAAAGCCAAGAGGCUCCAAGAGGCCGAGCUGGAAAAGCACAAGAUGGCUGCCGACGCCAAGACGGCUGCGUUGGCGGCUGCCGCGGCCGGAGGUUUGCACCCUGGCUUUACGUUACCAUUAACCCUGGGUGCCAUGUCACUGUACGGACAGUCUUACUCUGCCUAUCACCACCACCACCACCAUCACAGACCCAUGCUGCCAAUUUCACCUUUAGGACUGUACGCCACUCCGCUGGGCUACAGCAUGUACCACCUCUCAUAA